UUCAAUUACAUCACCAUCACCAUCAUCGUCAUCAUCGUCUUCUUCUUCUUCUAAACCAAAAUUCCCAAUUCGUUUUCUUUAACAAAAAACUGAAACAAAAUCUCUCUCUUUGGUAGCUUCAGCAAACUCAGUUCAUUUGACACCAUAUAUGUGUUAAUUACGUCUCCCCAUUGGAAAACGCAAUAGAAUCUCUUCUAUUAUUAUAUUUUAUUAUUAAUUUCCCUUCAUUUUCCCGAGAAAAUUAUGGCCAUGACGGAAAAUCCAAAGUUGGAUUCCGUAUCUUCCUACGAUGGUGGUGGGUCGGAAGAAAGGAUAUCCACACAAAAGAAUUCGGGUUCGGAUCAUAUCAAUGGAGAUAAUAAACCCGAUAGUUUUGUUAUUGAUAUUGAAAGUUUCUCUCAUGGAGGAUCCAAUAUUAAAGAAACCAUCCCAAAUUCAAGAAUCACAAGAAGCCUUUCUCGCAAAGGGUCUCAGAGAGGUGAUAGAGAUUCUUUUGUUUCCAACUCUUCUUCUUCAUCAGGAGGGUCGCCGGAAAAGCUAAUGGUGGUGGCGGAAGAGUUCACCGAUCAUUUAAGCAAUCCACAAGUCCAUCAUCAGCUCAUUAGUAUGACAUCUGGUAAUAGUAUCACAGCAGCAACUGAAAGUAGAUCCAAUUUCAGGAGAAAUAGUAUCAAGCGAUCUCCUCUAUUAGAUCCCAAGAGGAUUCUCAUGUUCUUUGCCACCUUGGCUUGUGUGCAAGAUCCCCAGGCCUCCUUUGAUCACUCACUUAAGACCUCAUCAAUACAAAUGUCUGCUUGUCUGCAAGUCACGUCCAUUACACUGAAAACACUCGCUUUCCACCGCCAGUUUCCUUUGUCUAACUCGUACAAUCCAAUCAAAUCAUCCAUAAAAGGACUUUACCGUCAAGAGCUGAUCAAUACAAAUGUCUGCUCAUCUAGGGGAUUUCUAACUCGUACUAUCCAGUCAAAUCAUCCAUAUGUGUGCAGACCCCUGGUUCUCUUUUGGCCUAUAAAACGAACUUCCAUCCCUUCUUUGGGGUCGAGCAUGGGUACAAUUUUGCUGAUAUACUUCACAUUGACAAUUAGCCGAACAAAUGCAGAUGAGAAUGCUUUAGAUUAAGUGCGUAGUUAGGAACCAUACCCUCUCGCCAACCUAUAUAAGCUGAUUAAAAUGUAUGUUGCUAUAUGUAGCACACACAUGGGAGUUUAAUUCAUGCCCGACAAAUAUAAAUGGGUGCAAGUGGUUGAUUGUGA